AUGAGAAACAAAGGAAUACCUGUCAGCGGCCCUAUGCUACAGGAAAAGGCAAAUGGUUUUGCCGCGCAUUUUGGUAUUCUUGACUUCAAUUGUUCUGCAAGCUGGAUCAGUCGUUUCAAAGUUCGACAUAACAUUGUGGCGGGAAAGAUUGUCAGUGAAUCUUCGUCUGAUGAUCAAAAUUCAACAACAAACUGGUUGAUAUCUGUGUGGCUGAAUUUACAAAGACAAUUUUUUGAUGAUGAGAUAUUUAAUGCUGAUGAAACUGGGUUUUUUUACAAAUUAAUGCCGGAUAAAACUUUAAAAUUUAAAGGUGAAAAUUGUAGUGGAGGUAAGUUGUCGAAAGAUAGAAUAACUGUCAUGGUAGCAGCUAAUAUGAGUGGCACAGAGAAAAAGAAAUUGCUCAUUAUUGGAAAGUCACAAAAACCAAGGUGUUUUAGAAGUGUCAAAUCAUUACCUGUCGAUUAUGCUAACAAUCAUAAAGCUUGGAUGACGUCAGAACUUUUUGAAAAAUGGCUUCAUGAUUGGGAUCGUGAUUUGGUGAAGAAGAAGAAAAAGAUUCUAUUGCUGGUUGAUAAUUGCCCGGCGCAUCCAAAUGUUACUGAUUUAAUGUCUAUAACACUUGCUUUCCUUCCGCCGAAUACAACAUCAGUACUACAGCCAAUGGAUCAGGGAAUAAUACAAUCACUCGAAUUUUAG